AUGCAUCUUCCCAAGUCAUCAGUCUUCGCCCUCACGGCAUUACUGCUUCCCAGCGUUCUCGCACAAGUACCCGCCAGUCUCUCUGGUGACUUUAAUACCGAGAUCCAAGUCAACUUUAACGGCGACUCCUCCUCUGGCUUUGAGGAGGGCGACACCAUUCCCUUUGCCGACACUGCCAAUCAGCCUGUCUUCGCAUUGGGCGAUGCGUCCGGCGUCAACACCGCCAUCUCUUUCAUGGUCAUGAUGAUUGACACCACGGAUGAGAACAACUUUAUCGUGCACUAUGCCCAGACCGACUUCAAAACGACAGGAGAAAAAACAUCCAUCUCGGCCUCUUCCGACCCUAAAAUCCCCUAUGCCAAGCCCGGCUCCUUUGGUGAAUCCGGAGAACGUAAAUACACUUUUCUGCUCUACCAGCAGAGAGGCAGCCGCGAGAUGCAGGGUAUGCCCAAAGCCGGCGAAAAGAUCGACAUCACCGCCUUCAAUGCCGCCAAUGAUCUCAAACCACCAAUGGCCGGCAUAGCUAUGAACGUCAAUGUUGGCGAACCCUCCGCUGACUCGCCUGCACCUGCUCCUGCGUCUGCGCCUGCAUCUACUCCUGCGCCCGCCUCAUCCCCCUCGCCAGCAUCCACAUCAGCAGCCGCAUCGGCAGCCACAUCGGCCCCUCCAACGACCUCAAGCACCUCUACCACAACAUCCACUCAAACAACGACAAUGGUGACUACGGCCGAGCCCACACCCAACGCAGACAAGAACAUCAGCGGACUUGACGGCCCGACCGUGCAAAAGCCCAUCGGCAUGCUCAUCGGUGGUGGCUUUGUCACGGAACAACCAUUCCCCGCUAACGGCACUGCUGGGCCCCCAGUGGUAGCCAAUAUCGCGGCCUAUGUGAACGGGACCAUGACGAAGAUGUCGAAGAUUGCCGGCAGAGGUGUUGCUGCCGGUAUGGAGAAACGGGCAGGAGCUGAUAUCGUUCAAACGAGCGCGUCAAUGGCGGCAUUGGUGGUGAUAGUCGCUGCUGUUGCUUUGGUGUAG